UUUUGUCCUUGUUUCUUUGGAGCCCAUAUUUUCCUUUUUUUCAUUGCUUCGCUCCUUAUAUAUUGUUUAUUAAUUAAUGUCUUCCUCCUCCUCCUCCUCAUCAUCUAGCAGUGGCAAUGGCAAUGGCAGCGGUGGUGGUAAUUACGGUGCAAGAAGAGCCGGUGAGUACGAAGGGCCAUCAAGGUCUCGUCCAAGAGCCAUUAACGAGGUUUGGCCUGAGCCUUUUCUGGAAGCUCUUGCUGCCCAAGUCGCCAUUGAUGCUUCUCGCCUUGUCGGCCGGCUGGUCGCGGCUCAGGCACUUGCCAAUGUAUUUCAGGUGUGUUCAACUUGGCGAGCAGUCUCGCGUUCGGAUCCUCUUUGGCACCGUCUCACUCGCGGUAUCUGGGGCCGCACCAACCUUCUCCAUGACACUUGGCGAGAGGAGUAUAUCUACCGCCACCAAACGGCCCAAAACUUCCGAUCCGGAAGAGCUGUCCAUUUCGCUCUCCACUUUGAUCCAGCUGAUGUGGAUGACCCCAACGACCCUGAUGCUCUAAUAUGCCGGUGUCUCGCUUUCUCUGAUCGCUACCUUGCAUGCGGUUUUGCUGACGGCGCUGUCCGCCUCUUUGAUCUCACCACGCGCCUCCAUGCACGCACUUUCCGCCCUGAACACCAUGACCGCCUGGGCAGGUUCUCUCGUGCGGUCUCGGGCAUCGUCAUCACGGCCACACGCUUGGUGUUUGCCACGUUAGAUGGUGAUAUCCACGUGGCGGCGGUAAAUAGCAAUGCCAAUCCACGGAGGGCCCGCUUAGGUGAGGUGUUGAACGACGGGGCGUUAGUGGACUUCACGGGCCGUGGGCGAUGGUGGGUGGGCCUAUACGCUGGGCUUCCGGGCCGGGCCUUUCGUGUCUGGGAUGGGAACACCGAAGAACCUCUCUUUGAAGGCGGGGCGUUGACUGACCCAGAGGCUGUGUUGGGUUGGCACACGUUGACAGAAGUGACUGAGUUUGUGGGCCGAGUCAGGGUCACGAGUCAGGAAUCGGUCGUGGCAUGCACGAGUUCGAGACUUGUUAUUUUUGAUUUGGGGGACCUUGGAGCUGUACUAAGGGACGAGGACUACACUAACAGGAGAGGCAUCUUGGUGGGUUCCUUCGACGUAUGCAAUGAGGCGUAUGUGAUUGUAGAUGGCAGGGGGAAUGCUAGCGUGCGCAGGGCGGACACCUCGGAGGAGAUGUGUGGCUUUACCGUCAGGCCUCCAAGGGGAGUGCUUGGGUGCUUGAAUGGUGGGUACGUGCUAACGUGCGCGGGUGGUGUAGUAAGGGUAUGGCAGAUAGAGCAGCCUGGUCGCCAAGAGUAUUUGUAUAGCUUCAGGGAGAGGAUAGGCGAGGUAAACGCUCUCGUUGCAGAUGAGAGGCACGUGGCAGCAGCAUCAAGUGACACGAAUAUACACCUGUGGGAUUUUGGGGCACAGUAG